ACUGAUGCACAUCCAAUUGCUGAUGACUGUUUGGGUGCAGGCUGCGCGCUCUAGUAACGUGAUACUCGACGGGUCGGUGCUGAUUGGAUGCCGCGAAGACCCACCGAACUCUUGGCGGGGUGUUUUUCGAUGUGUAAAAAAUCCAUCUGAAGCUUCGGAACCCACACGACACUCUCCGCAGAACCUUCGAUUGCCUCAAACAGCUGACCAGCUGUGUUCUCCCCUUCCAUUCCUUCGCAUUCUCUAUAGAAACCCACCUUUUCAUACGUCGAAAAUUUAAGAGUUUCCACCAUGGGCGACGAUUUGGAGACUCGCCUCAAGAGCCAUGCCCGAGCUUUUGAGGGACUCAUGUCUCUCAUACCCGCAAAAGAUUACUAUGGCAAAGAUGAAAGCAUCACCAGCACACAAUGGAUGACGAAGAAGCAGACCAAGGAGCAGCGGAGAGCCGCAAAACGAGCGAAGUUGGAUCCUGCCAAUCACAAAACCGCCAAGGACAUCAUGGAUGAGAAUGCACGGAAAAGAAAGCGUGAGCUGGAAGGCAAGGAGGACGACUCCUCGGACAUCGACAUUGAUACAGAGAAGGAGAAGCCAGGAGAAGGCAUGAAAGCUAAAAAGCCCAAGAUCGCCCAACCAUCAGAUGCCGAUGCCCAGCAAAAGAAACAGACCCAAGUCGAUGCCGCGAAGGCCGCAAAGGCCCAAGCGAGAGCAGAGCAGCUCAAACUGAAGCGAGAGAAGAAGAAGGAGCAGCGCGCACAGAAACAACCGAAACAAAAAGACACGAAAGUCGAACAAGCACACUCGAGCAAAGAUUCCAGUGCUAAAAUGGUCAACAAAGAGGAGGGGUCAGACUGGGAAGAUGAAGAUGAAGAAGAAGAAGAAGAAGCUGGGGAACGUAUCGAGUCUCUAGAUGUGAGUGGCUUGGUCGAAGACGGUCCGUCAACUGCCACAUCGUCAGCCGCCGAUUCCAAUGCCUCUACGAAUUCGAUAGCCUCCGCCUCGUCGUCAUCGUCAGUUCCACCAGUUACAAAUGCUCCUGAACCUUCCACCAAGACCAUGCCUAAGAGUAUAGCUCCAAAGUCGCACGACGAAUUCCGCGCUCGUCUCAGUGCCAAGCUCGAGUCCUUGAGAGCAAUGAGGAAAGCCGAUGGCGCGAAUGGUCAGCCUGCUAAGAACCGUGCUGAGCUGAUAGAAGCACGGCGGAAGAAGGAAGCUGAACGCAAGGCUGCCCGAAAGGCCCAGAGGGACCUUGCGAAGGAAGAUGAGGAGCGGGUCAAGGCAGAAGAUCAACUCUCACGGAUAAGAGGAGGAUCGGGCUCGCCAUCAGUAUUUUCGCAUCGAUCGUCACCGGAACAAGAUAGGAAUUUCAACUUUGGUCGCGUGGCUUGGAGUGAUGGACAGCAGCUUGAAGGCAAUCUUUCAGGCUUCCUGGAUGCUAAGAAAAAGAAGGGUAAAUCCGACCCGAAGACUGCGUUGGAGGCCGCCAAGAACAAAAUGGCUCGACUGAGUGGAUUGGAUGAGGAGAAACGGAAAGAAAUUGAAGAAAAGGAUUUGUGGCUCAAUGCGAAGAAGAGAGCUCAAGGAGAACGAGUGCACAGCGACCCAAGGCUACUCAAGAAGACGGUCAAGAGGCUCGAGAAGGGCAAGUUGAAGAGCGAGAAGGAGUGGAAUGAGCGCAAGGCGAACGUCGAUAAGGGCAAGGAGGCAAAGCAGAAGAGACGGGAAACGAACCUGAAGAAGAGGAGAGAAGAGAAAGGCGUUAAAGGGAAGAAGAAGCCUGUCAAGAAAGCUGUCAAGUCGAAGUCCAAGAGACCAGGCUUUGAGGGAUCGUUGAAAAGGAAGUAG